AGUUCAACUAUUAUUGUGUAGGGCGCGUGCGUCGUUAGUUUAGUCGCGCGUUGGACUGCGACCUGGCGGCUGGCUGUUUCGCUAGUCACCCUCGCGCAGCCUUUACUCUGUGACAUUGAAACUCGGUUCUUUUUAUAAUUGCUGCCUGGAUUUCGGUGCUGGUCUGCCAGGAAUGAAGUGUGCCUCUCGGUUGGCGCUCUAAGUGAAAUAGUUGCCGUCAGUGCAUAACCAAAAUGACGGGUGGUGUGAACCGGAUUCUCCAUUCAGGCUACGUAGUCGGCAAGCUGAAUUUGCAGUUCUCAGAUAACGCGGUGCGAAUCACAGAAAACCCGACCCCAGCGCCGCGAGCUGGCCCUCAUGGCGUCCAAGUGGUGAACACAGGACCAGACCACACGUUCAUCCUCGACGAGGAUGCUCUCCAGGAGUUGCUGCUGCAGGAAGACAUCAAGGACAGGGCGGUGGUGGUGCUGUCCGUGGCGGGCGCCUUCCGGAAGGGCAAGUCCUUCCUGCUCGACUUCUUCCUCAGAUAUAUGCACCAAAAAUAUGGCGCCGGCGGUGGAGGCGGUGAUUGGCUGGGGUCUGACGAGGAGCCGCUGCACGGGUUCAGCUGGCGCGGGGGCUCCGAGCGAGACACCACUGGCAUUCUCAUGUGGUCGGAAAUAUUCAAAGCCACUCUCGAUGACGGGGAGAAGGUGGCCAUAGUCCUACUGGACACGCAGGGCGCUUUCGACAGCGAGUCAACUGUCCGCGACUGCGCGACAGUGUUCGCGCUGUCCACGAUGCUGUCCUCGGUGCAGAUAUACAAUCUGUCGCAGAACAUACAAGAGGACGACCUUCAGCACUUGCAGCUGUUCACGGAGUACGGCCGCCUGGCGUUGGAAGACAGCGGCCGGACUCCGUUCCAGCGGCUGCAGUUCCUCGUGCGCGACUGGAGCUUCCCGUACGAAGCGCCCUACGGGGCCGAGGGCGGGCAGACCAUACUGCAGAGGAGGCUCAAGGUGUCGGAUAAGCAACACCCGGAGCUGCAAUCGCUGCGCAAGCACAUCACGUCGUGCUUCGCGGAGAUCGCGUGCUUCCUGAUGCCGCACCCCGGGCUCCGCGUGGCCACCAACCCCCAGUUCGACGGCAGGCUAUGCGACAUCGAGCCGGAGUUCAAGCGGUCGCUGCAGCAGCUGGUGCCGAUGCUGCUGGCGCCCCACAACCUGGUGCCGAAGCUGAUCAACGGCCAGCGGGUGAGGUGCAAGGACCUGCUGCAGUACUUCAAGUCCUACAUGAACAUAUACAAGGGGAACGAGCUGCCCGAGCCCAAGAGCAUGCUUGUGGCGACCGCGGAAGCCAACAACCUGACCGCCGUGGCGGAGGCCAAGGAGGUGUACGGCACGCUGAUGGAGGAGGUGUGCGGCGGGGCGAAGCCCUACCUGCAGGCCGCGCUGCUGGAGGCCGAGCACGCGCGCGUGCGCGACAAGGCGCUCCACGCCUUCCACGCCAAGCGGAAGAUGGGCGGCCAGGAGUUCAGCCAGGCUUACUGCGAACAACUCACGCAGGAUCUGGAAGACCAGUUCGUCCAGUUCCGCGCCCACAACGAGAGCAAGAACAUCUUCAAGGCGGCCCGCACCCCGUCUGUGUUCUUCGCCAUCGCGCUGUUCUUCUACGUGGCCAGCGGGGUGCUGGGGCUGGUGGGGCUGUACCCCCUGGCCAACCUCGCCAACUUGGCCAUGGGGUUAGCUCUGCUGACGCUCGUCCUCUGGGCUUACAUCAGAUACAGCGGUGAGAUGCGAGAAAUGGGAGUCACCAUUGAUGAAACUGCCAAUGUGCUUUGGGAUAAUAUGAUGAAGCCGAUGUACCAGGCGUGCCUGGAGAAGGGCAUGGAGCACGCGGCGGCCGCGGCGGCCGAGCGCGCCCUGGGCCCCGCCGCGCCCGCCAACGGCAAGCACAAGCACUUGUGAUGCUGCCCGCCGCCCGCGCCCGCCGAAUGGCGGCGCACGCGCAUCCCGCCGCUGCAGCGCGCGCGCUGGGCGCGGCCGCCGCCCGCGCGCCGCGCGCCGCCGCGCGGGGGCAGCGCGCGCACGCACGCCGCGCUGGCGCGCAUGGAGCUGGAGCUGGCGCGGCUCAGCGCCGUGCUGGCCGGCUACCUCGGCGGCGCCGACUUCAAGCCCGCGCCGCCCUUCGUCUGGCCGCAGCGCAGGCAGCUGCGCACGCUCGCCUCGGGCGGGUAAACGCACAGUGCUCCAUGCACCGGAUGAUGGAAGACACUUCCACCGUUGAGAUACUCGGGGGGUUCAAAAUUGCCAAGUGUUUAUGUGGUUACGUCCAAAUGGAUGAAGUGUGGUGGUUAGUGUUUUUUUGAGUGUGUGCCGUGUCAAACGUUGAGUGUGAUGGGGUCAAUGUUUUGUAUUAAGUGACUCGAAGAUGCAGCUUUGUCAAGUGAAAAUGAGCACUGCUAGAGGGGUAUGUGACAAUUAAAUGUAUUGUGUCGGAUGUAUACUCUUAUUGAAAUUCUAUCAAAUGAAUCAGAAUCCUAAGUUUUUUUUCCAAAAAAUCUAUUUUGUACUAAAAUUCGAUUACACAUGUUCUACUUUUGUAUGUAAACUUGUUUGUUGAAUGUUCUAUUUUAAAACAAUAAGCAUUUCUUUUAAUCCAACACAAUACACUUUAGAGCAAUGCCUGGAAAGACUACAAUACAGCAAGUGAUAUUGUAUUGAUUUUGAUGAGUGUUUUCAAUUGUUGACAAGUGUAAAGUUACGAGAUGAAGGAUUGUUCCAUAGGGUUGUUUGUACAGUGUUUAGUUACAUUUUACGUAGUUACAAAUUAGGGUAAUUAUUUCGUGGGAAUAUUGUACAUUGAAUUUUAAUAUAUACCAUCUUAUCAAGUCCAAAUUAAAAUUUGAAAGCUAUAUAUAUUUCUACUAUUAUAUCAUUUGCUUUCAAUGAUGACAACAUUUAGGUGUCUUUCAUAAAAUAUUUUUCUACUCAAUGUGUAAUAUUUCCUGUUGGCAAUUAUUUGAUUGCUCCAAAUAGGGGACUGUCAAUGCAAGUGUUGCCAUUUACUUAUCUCUCCUUAAAGUGGGAAUUUUGUAACUUAUUGAAGAGAGAUAAGUAGAAAGUUCUGUCUGUCCUAUUCUUAGAGAAAUUAAGUGAUUUGCACAAUGCUGUGCUAAUUACGUGUUGUGUACAACGAAUUUGUAAUUUUAAUUUAUCUUGGAAUGUUAUUGACAGUUUAAUGUAUCUAAAACAAGCAAGUAUUUAAUAACUCUAUUAGCACAGCAUAGUUUUAAACGAAAUCUAAAUUAUGACAAGGAAGAUUAUCAUAGAAUCUAAUCUGGGGUUAUAUAUAGACUAUUUUUUUAAUUCAGUAAUGUGGUAAAAAAAUAGGUGGCAUGAAACUGAUUCCACCAUUAACCUACAAUAUGGUAAAUUAUUGGGGACGUUUAAAUCGGACACUUGUUGCAUUGCACAAGAUCAGACCGUACUUAAUGUUGAUCUAAUAUGAGUGGCCAUUGAUCAGAAAAAUUAAAUACAGUUAGUCACUCAAAUUUACAAUGAGAAUGUCCAUAUGUUAUGUUCUUUAAUUUAAUCUGAUACAAGUUAAGAUAUAUGUUAAACUUUCUUACUGAGUGAUAAACUGAUAACUGAAAAUACUGGGCACAGUCAGCUGAAAUUUGGCAUGUAUUCUAAGAGCUAAUUUCUCAAAACUCUCAUGGGUACAUGAUAUUUGCCAGCUGCAGCAUAAGGGGUUAUAAAAACAACUCUAACUAUCUGGGUGCUUGUAAAAACAUGGCAGUAAUUUUAUUUUUCUGGUCAGUGUACACAUGUAUAAUAUAUCACUAGUGUACAUUAUCAGAAAUUUUAAUUGUAAUUUUCUAAUAUUUGUAUGUGUUUAUAGAUGUACGGUCGCGUUCAUAAUUGCAGUCAUAGUUCGCAAAACUUUAUAGCUUGCAGUCACCGCUGUCACUCACACAUUCACACAAAUAA